GCAGUCUGUACAAUCACCACGCUCUAUCACUUGUACAUUCAUUCACCCAACAACAACCACCUCUAAGCCUUCUUCUCCAUACGAAAGUAGAUACUAUGGAGGGCUGGAACAAGAUACAAGCCAACCUGGCCAACCUCAAUAUCGGCCAGUCGGCGUCCAAGUUUGCAAAGGGUUUCAACUCGUCUGUUCAGGCGACGAGGGAACGUCUAGGACAGAUUGCACCGGAGGAGAUUACUGAGCUGCCGCAGGAAUACAGGGACCUCGAAGCACGCGUCGACGCGCUCCGCGCAACUCAUCUUGCUGUUCUCAAGAUAGCCAAAGUCUACGAAUCAGAAUCCUACGACUACCCCGUCCAGAUCCAAGAAUCCAUCGCCCAACUCUCAACUAACAUCGGUCACGGCCUCACCAACUUCGCAGCGACGAAUCUCAAGGGCACGAACCUCCCCGCACCGCAACCUGUUGCCGCUACGCCAGUGCAACACAAGACGCUCCCACAUGCACUCGGUCGUGCAGCUACGACUGCUGCAAAGUCGUUGCAGGAUGCCGGAGCUGGUGCGGGUGGAGAUGAGAAGUUGGCGAAGGCGUUGACGUUUUAUGCCGCUGCUUGGGAUAAGGUCGCAGCAGCUCGUUUAGCGCAAGACGCAGCCAUCCGCAAUAACUUCCUCCUCCCCUGGCAAUCAACCCUCACCAACUCCAUCACAGUAGCCCUCAAAGCUCGUCAAGCAGUCGCUACCUCGCGACUUGAACUCGACGCUGCGAAACAGGCGUUUAAGAACGCUGGACCGGCGAAACAGGAGCAGGCGAGGUUGGAGGUGGAGAAUGCGGAGGAUGAUUUGGUGCAGAAGACGGAGGUGGCGAUUACUUUGAUGAAGACUGUUUUGGAGAACCCUGAACCCCUGAAAGACCUCAACGAACUCGUCAAAGCACAACUCGCCUACCACUCUGCAGCAGCAGAGGCAUUGAACGCUAUCCAGGGCGAUAUUGAAGAGCUUAGCGUCGCUGCCGAGGGAGAUUACAGGAAGUCUCGCGAGCACUGAAGUGCCCCUCCACUAAUUGGACAACAUCGCACCAGAAUAAAUAAACCGAUCCGAGUAGAAUGCCGAGUGUGGAAAAUGUGGAAGAUAAGGAUAUGUUGUGAUGUGUAGUGUGUUGGCAUCCCUGGACUCCUUAUUCGCUAUGCUAUUCAGGCGAAUGAAGUACAUACAAAUGUAUCUUCGUUCAAAUCUGUCCUUCCCUUCUCCUUAUCUUUCUGUUCAUCAUGCUUCUACUUCACCUUUAUCUUUGUCCUUUUCUGUGCUAAUGUAUGCAUCACGUCCUUUUUCGAUUGCGCAAGCGCAAUUCCACUACGUUUCUCCUCUUCUGUUUUCCUUACUCUUAGAAUCUCAGGUUCAAUAUAAGACACGGAAAAUCUGUAGGUUUGAUACAAUCGAGAAACG